GUCUUCCUGAUGCUCGGUGUCAGCGAAUCGGAAUUUCGGAGUUCGUUGUUCUCUCCGAGUCGUGUUCGUGUCGCUUUUCGGGUUUUUGCUUUCUCCGUUGCAAAUGUCUGAGGUCGAAGCUCCGGCGGUUGAGCCCGAGGCCCCGGCGGCCGAGGCUGCGGCUCCUGAGCCUGCUCCUGCUCCUGCUCCGGUGGCGGAACCGGUGGCUGAUAAGCCCGUGAAGGAAAAGAAGGCCAGGGCGCCGAGGGAGAAGAAGCCCAGGGAGCCUAAGUCGGCUCCGUCUCAUCCUCCUUACUUCCAGAUGAUCAAGGAAGCCAUCACCGCUCUGCACGAGAAAAGUGGCUCGAGCGCCCACGCGAUCGCCAAGUACAUGGAGUCGAAGCACAAGGCAGUACUUCCAGAGAACUACAAAAAGAAGCUCGCCCUGCAACUCAAGAACGCAGCGGCCAAGGGCAAGCUCGUGAAGGUCAAGGCCUCCUUCAAGCUGGCCGAGGCUCCCAAGAAGAAGCCAGCCACCGCCCCGGCCAAGAGACUUACGAAGCCAGUCGCCGCCGCUAAGCCCAAGAAGACGACGACCAAGAAGCAGGCUCCCGCGGCGUCGGCUAAGCCGGCUAAGAAACCCCCCGCGAAGAAGGCACCUAAGAAGAAGGCCGCCGCUCCGAAGCCCAAGUCCAUCAAGACCGCCAAGUCUCCGGCCCCAAAGAAGGCCAAAAAAGCCGCCUGAUCGCCAUAGAAAAUUAUAGAUCUUGCAUGAGUUGGAUAAAUUUCGACGACAUCCAGAAGUUGUAACCCGGUCUUUUUGGUCUCUUGUUCUUCGACCUUGUAAAUUCUCAGGUCCUUUUUUUCUCUCUUCUGUGAAAAUUGAAUGAGCGGUCUGAUCUUUGAUGUUA